ACUGGGUAAAUAAAACAAGACGCGUUCGGGCAUUACCACUGCAGCGUUGUCGUUGUCGUUGUCCUUAUACCUGACACCCACGAGCCGCGGGUAGGACGGGAAGAAAAACGCAGCAAGGAUUCUCUUUUCUAAGAGACUCUAUUUGAAAGGUGUCAACGACCGACAAUGCAUCAAAUCGCCACGACGACACUGACGGAACCAUGUCGGCCCGCGUUACUGUCGUACUGUCCGACCAUGGACCUGGUGACGACGGUGGUGAAAAAGGUCCAUAACGACCACAGGGAGGGGCAGGUCGACGUGUGGAGGUUGAAUGGGCAGAGGGUCUUUGGGGCCGAGUUCGAACGUGGUGGUGGUGAUGAUGAUGACGAUCAGGACCAGGAUCAGUCGGCAGGGCUCGAAAGAGACGGAGAGGGAUGGAUUAGGGGCGUAUGUUGGAGGAGAGAUGGACAAAUCCUCGCAGUAGCCUGUGCGGACGGUAUGGUCGCCUUGAUCAAUGCAUUCACAGGCAAGGUAGCACAUCGAAUCUCUACGCAAUCGCAAAAGCGCAUACCACAGCCACGACCUCUGUCACUUUCUCAAUCACAGACGAGUUCGAAAUCCUCACGACCAGCCUCAUCAUCAUCACCUUCAUCAUCGUUAAAACCUCAACAACAGCCACCAUCAUACACUCCGACAUGCAUCUCUUGGAAUGCCCACUUUGCGUCCACGACUUCCUCGGCCAUACGGUCACGACUAAACGAAACCGAUCCUCAAGUCACACUCGACGAGAUUCUAGGGCUCAGAGCCGACGUCGACAAACUUUUGCGCAUGAAGGCCGACCUGCCACGAGAGCUGAGCGCGCUGGACAUGGAGGUAUCCUUGCCCAAACUGGCCACGCUGCCUCCUCGUGGUGUAGGGACCGACGACGACAUCUUCAGCUCUCGAUCAAGCAUCGACGCCGUGUUUCAUGCGAAUGGCCAAACGGGGUCUGGGUAUGGCGGCUCCAUUGACCGUGUCGAUGCGUUGCUGGUAGGCUUGCAGGGUGACGACGGUGAUGGAUGCGCCGUCCAUAUCCGGAUCUUCGACUCUUUCGAGAUUGGGACGGUGGAUGUGGGCGCAUGUCUACCUUCUGGCUCCAAGGGUGGCAAGGUGAUCAGGAUCGAAAGUCAUCCUUUUCUGUCGACGGCCUUCCUCGUGGUGGAACGGACGACGGGAGACGGGGAUGACAGUGCGAGUCUGCACCUGCUAGGCCUGGACAUGAGCUUUAUUUCUCACACGGGCGGGAAUCUGCCUCUUGUGGCGAGAAAGGCAACGCAACUGGGCAACCUGCUACGUUAUGUCGCGCAGAUCCACACGCAGCUGGCGUCUGAAGUCAAGGCGGCUUUUGACCUUCCCGGCCGAUUUCUACGCAACAUCAACGAAUCCCUGGCCGAAGGAGACGACUAUGUCGAUUUCGUGCACGCCGCGCACCAUCUGGCCGUGACGGGCGAGUGCGACGGGAAGCUCAAGGAGUGGUUGGUCGACGAGGUGGGAGAAAGGGGUCUGAAAAGGUGGGAGAAGGCCGUGGGAGACUGUCUCGACAUUGUCCGGAGGCUGACGUGCGAGUGUCUCAUUCCUGCCCUGGAGAGGGGCCAGGUGGUGCUGUCGAGGCUUGAUGGCCUCGCACAGUUCGCCCCGACGAGCUCGCGGUUGGGCUUGGACGAGAAGGAUGUGAGAAAAGUCACCGAGACCAUGGGUGCUUUGGCCAUCCUGGCCGAGGACCUUCUCGAGGAUGUCAGGAUGGAGAUGAUCGAGUUCGCCGCAUUCAUGAAGUGGCUGAAGUGGGAGUGUGAGGUCGAAGCCCUCGAGGAGACCAGUGAGAGGGCCGCGGAGCUCAGGGAAUCCUGGACCGGGGAGAACGAGUUGGUAAUGGUACUAGACUAUAUGUCGGGCGCCAUGAAGGAGAGCAGAAUAAAGAAAUACAUCGUCCCAGACGACCCGGGUCAGCCGACGGCGGGUGCUCUUUUCGAGGACAACACGGACGCCGGGUUCUUCGUCGACUACUUGAAGAGAAGAGCUGCACAGACCAAGGACAAAAAGAAGAUGCCUCCUUUUGGCGAAUUGGUAGAACGACUACAGAUGCAAGCCGAGAGAGCUUUCGGACAGGUUGCGGAGACUUUCAGGAAGAGCAUACUACCCAGUCAUCUGCUAGAGUUUCCGAAACAGUGCGAUCCCCAACGACUGGAUCUCAGGAUCGUGCCAGACGAUGGUGACAGAAGCCUCUAUCGGCUCUUGUGCAUGUCGAGGGAUCAGCAAGAAGAAGAAGGCAGUCUACAUUACAUUGUUUCCAGCAUGCAGCAGCAAGAAAAAGGAGGCAGAGGUCUGAGUUUCGGCCCGACUACACUGCCGCUAUCUCGCAUCCCUGGGGCGAAGGACAUUCUGGACGUCAAGUUUGUCGAUGACGAAACAUGCAUGGUUCUCGCCAGUACAACGGAGAAUGAUGUUAGGAUAUUCUCCCGGAUGGCCACCGGCAAUGUGGAGGCAACGACAGAUGAUUGGGAAGUGCAUCAUGUCUUUGAAUCGGGCAAGAUGAACUCUGGCAUGACACCGGCCAGACUUGAAGUCAAUGGGAGGGUGGGAAGGAGGGUCGUUGCGGUUGUAGACGAGGCUGGUCUAGGAUAUGUUGUGCUCGACCUUGACGCUGCUGCUGCGGAUGAGACUGGGGAAGAAAAAGAAGGUGAAGAAAUGAGCGACCAAGUUAUGACUGGUUGA